GGGGCCGCCUCGAGGCGCGGGGCAUGGUGGGAGAGGAAGCGGAGCCCACGCUGCGCAGCGUGGAUCAUGGCGGUGGCCGCGGAGUCGCCGCGCGGCGCGGGACGGAGGAAGCUUGCGGAGCUGAGCGUGGAUGAGUUCCUCACCUCCGGCUUUGACUCUGAGUUGGACAGUGGGUCAGAGGAGGAAGAUGAGGUGCCCCCCAAGGGCACCCAGGGUGGAAAGCAGAGCCCAGCAGCACCCAAGAGAAAGCCAACUGCCCAGGAGGGGCCAGCUCCAAAGAAGUUAAGAAAGGGCCAGGCGUCUGAACACAAGGACCAGCUCUCGAGGCUGAAGGACAAAGACCCCGAGUUCUACAAGUUCUUGCAGGAGAAUGACCAGACGCUCCUGAACUUUGACGACUCAGACAGCUCCGAGGAUGAGGAGGAUGAGAAGUUCCACACGCUCCCGGAUGAGCUGGAGGAAGCUAGUGAGGGUGAAGAAGGGGAGGAGGAGGAGGAGGAGGAGAGCACUCGGAAGAGCUGGUCCAAGCGCGCCAAGCUGACCCUCAAGAUGGUGGAGCAGUGGAAACAGUCUGCCAAGAAGGACCUCUCUCCUCGGCUCUUCCAUGAAAUCCUGCAGGCCUUCCGGGCCGCUGUGUCCACCACCCAUCAGGACAAGGAGGGCCAAGAGCCCAGCAAGUUCCGGAUCACGGACAGUGCAGUGUUCAAUGCCAUCAUCACCUUCUGCAUUCGGGACCUAUUCCCCUGCCUCCAGAAGCUGUUGCAGUUGAAGCUCCCCAAGGACAGAACCAAGUUGGUCCUGCCGUCCAGCAGCCCUCUCUGGACAAAAAUGCGUCUUGAUGUCAAGUCGUAUCUGAACUCUGUCAUCCAGCUGGUGUCCUGCCUGACUGAGGCGUCUGUAGUCACUGCUGUCCUGCAGCACAUUAGUGCUACUGUCCCUUAUUAUCUGGCCUUCCCCAAGCAGUGCCGGGUACUGCUCAAGAGGAUGGUCAUGCUCUGGAGCACGGGCGAGGAGACGGUGCGGGUGCUGGCCUUCCUGGUCAUCAACAAAGUCUGCCGUCACAAGAAGGACCCCUUCCUGAGCCCCAUUCUCAAGCAAAUGUAUAUCUCGUAUGUGAAGAACUCCAAGUUCACCUCGCCCAACGUGCUCCCCAUGAUCAACUUCAUGCAGCGCACGCUGACGGAAAUGUAUGCGCUGGACACAGGCCUCUCCUAUCAGCACGCUUUCCUCUACAUCCGCCAGCUUGCCAUCCACCUGCGCAACGCCAUGACCAUGAAUAAGAAGGAGACCUUCCAGUCCGUGUACAACUGGCAGUAUGUCCACUGCCUCUACCUGUGGUGCCGUGUGCUAAGCACCAUCCACCCCAGCGAGGUCCUGGAGCCGCUCAUCUACCCGCUGACCCAGGUCAUCAUUGGCUGCAUCAAGCUGGUGCCCACAGCCCGUUUCUACCCACUGCGCAUGCACUGCAUCCGGGCCCUGACGCUGCUCUCCGAGAGUACGGGCACCUUCAUCCCCAUCCUGCCCUUCAUCCUGGAGAUUUUCCACCAAGUGGACUUCAACAAGAAGCCUGGACGGAUGAGCUCCAAGCCCAUCAACUUUGCUGUAGUCCUAAAACUCUCCACUGUCAACCUUCAGGAGAAGGCAUACCGGGACGGCCUGAUAGAGCAGCUCUAUGACCUGAGCCUGGAGUACCUGCACAGCCAGGCCUGUGCCAUUGGCUUCCCAGAGCUGGCCUUGCCCGCCGUCAUCCAGUUCAAAUCCUUCCUGAAGGAGUGCAAAGUUGCCAACUACUGUAAGCAGAUCCGGCAGCUGCUGGAGAAGGUGCAGGACAACGUCACGUACAUUUCCAGCCGGCGUCAGAAGGCCACCUUCGGUGUGUCCAACCGGCAAGCUGUGGAUGCCUGGGAGAAGCAGGUGCGGGCCGAGGGCACGCCUCUCACCAGGUACUACAACCACUGGAAGAAGCUGAGAGAGAAGGAGAUUCUCAUGGAGAUCAGCGGCAAAGAGAGGCUAGAAGAGCUGAAUUUCCCCGAGAUCAAGCGACGGAGACCGGAGGACAGGAAGGAGGAGGACAAGAAGGAAUUCAAGGAUCUCUUUGACCUGGGCACCGACUCAGACGAGGACGAGGGGCUCUCAGUGAAAGGAAGGGCCGGCUCUAAGAAAGCCCCGGCUGAAGACAGUGACGGCCUGGGUGACAGCCUGGAUGAGUCUUCUGGCCUGAGUGGGGACAGUGACGAGGAUGAAGAUGAGGACGAGGAUGACUCUGAGGGCCCAACAGAAGACCUGAAGCUGCCCUCGGCUGAGCUGAAGAGACUGGCCCAGGGAGAUGACGAUGUGGUAGAGGAGCUGCAGCUCUCCGAUGAGGACUGAGGCCUCCCUCCCUCCCUAGGAGCCCCCCAGGGGACCUCCCCCACCCGCUCAGGGGCCCCCUCCCUCCUGACUCCCCAGGAGUAAGCGGGUACUGGGCCGAGGCCACACAUGUCCUUGGACUCUCCAUGGAGGGGGACCAGAGAGGAAGGGUCAGACAUUGGGGCCUUUAUUGGGUUUUUCUCACGAUAUAAAGAAGCUUAAUGUAC